UCCAUAUGUCUUGAUCAUACUACAGUGGCAUUUAGGAACCUUUGAUAUCUCUAUCACACACUUGGCCUGCAUGAGAUGUCUAUCCAGUCCCUGAGAGGAAGGGGGGUAUCUAGGAGGUAAAGGGUACUUCAUUCCUCCAAUCCGUGUGAAGUACCAGCUGAUCAGCUGCACUGAGUCAGCUUUAAAGGCUGUGGCUGGCCUGCAGAACUCUUCCCCUGAGAGAGCAGCUAGUCUCCAGGGAAAGAGGAAUAGUCACUGGGGCAAAGCUCUUUCUUGAUUAUCUCUGUAGCCUCUAAAGGCACUAACCAAUAAGAAUUUCUGCAGCUCCAGCCCUGCCUUUUUUUUUUGUAAACAGAACAUAAACAGAAAACAGCUGAUGCAUAGAAGCUCCUAUGCAAAUGAGAUUAGAUGAAUGAAUAGAAAGGCUUGAUAUAUUCCUAGACUGAAAGAGUGAAGUAAUCUCCCAGAUGUUCUUCCUUUUUCCCCCUUUCAUGUAACUGGAGACACCUUUCCCACUUAUGCACUCUGCCUCCCAGCCCCUGCACUGGGGUCAUCCAUCCAUCCAUCCAUCCAUCCAUCCAUCCAUCCACCCACCCACCCGUCAGGUGUUUACUGAGUGCUAUCAUAUGCCAGGCACUGUGCUGCGGACCAGCGACACAAAGACGAAUAGCAUACGGUCCUUGCCUCCAGCGCAGUCCCCCAUGUGGCAGGGCUGCCCUGGAGGUCCACAGCCAGCCUUGUGCAAUGGGAUCACGGUGAGCGCAGCGGCAGGGGACGGGCAAACCGCCAAGCCAAGGGUUUUACCCCCGCUCCCAAAGCUGGAUAGAGGAGAGAGGGGGAGAGAGAGAACCGAAGCCAGCCGGUGCAGGGCAGAUGCCAACUUGGGACAGAGACUCGGGCUGGGGAUGGGCUGUGCGGAGGCCCCUGCCGCAGUCGCGGGCCCGGGUGCCGGGCGCCCACGCUCCUCCAGGGCUGUCACAGGAGAUUUGGGUAUAACGAUGACCACUGGGCGCGAGUCGGUUGGGGGAGCAGUUCGAAGAGACGGUUGGGGGUGGAUCUAGGGUGGCGCCCAAAGGAAUGGCUGGUGCUGGGUGUUUGAGGGUGCUGGGUGAACGGUGGAGCUGAAGGGUCAGGAGAAGGACUGGGGAUGGAUGAGGACCCUGCUGGCCUCCGGAGAGGCGCUCCUACCUCGUUUUUCGCCUCAGCCUCGUCCUUCCGCGCGGACUGCGGCGGCUGCAGCGGCGGCGGCGGCGGCGCCUCGCGCCCUCCAGGGGUCGCGCUGCAGCCGGACACGCCGGCGCCCCCCUCCUCAGACGGCUUGGUAACGCCCGGGCCCCCCUGCCGGCGUGUCGCCGAUGGUGCGAUCCGGGUUGCCAGUGCCUCCGGCCCCUCCGGCGGCGUGUUGGUUAGGCCUGGUGGGCCCGCUGCGCUCGCCCCGCUCCCGGCUCCCGCGGCGAGGGGCGCAGCCGGAAUCACGCGCGCGCCGCGCUCGCUGCGGACGGCGAGGCUGCGGCCGGCCCCGCCUUCUGCGGACCGCGCGCCGCGCCUGCGGGCGUGCCCGGCGGCCUGCGGCCCUGGGCGCCGGGACCCGAGGGGGAGGGCCGGGGGCGCCGGCCUGCUGGCCUGGAGGGCGGGUGUGUGCGGGCUCCCAGCUUCGCCCAGAGCAGCGGUUGUUAACCCUGCCUCCCCAGUAGAACCUCGUGAGCAAGUUGAAAAAAAAAAGGAAAAUAAAAUAACAGCAAAGAUCGGAGACCCAACCUGA